AAGAAGAAAAUGAAACUGAUCCAGAUCAUCCAGAUAAUAAAAGAUUAGUUGUCAUUAAGGACAUGAGUUGGCGCUCUUCAACAACUUGUAAAUUCUUACGAGAUUAUAUUGAUAGAACAUUUAAUGAAACAUCCAGAUCCACUUGUCAAAGAAAUCAUAUUCAUGACAAUAAACAUUAUAUCAUUGGUGAUGCUCUGUUUAGGGCUCCUGAUUGGACUCUUUCUAGAUAUAAUGAUCAUUUAAAGAAAUAUAUUAAUGAUGCUUGCAAUCAAUCAAAAAAAGCUAAACGUCAGUAUACCAGAAGCUAUGAUAAUAAUGAAGAUUCUGACAAUGACAAUAUUUCUUUUUAUGAUGAUAAUUUUUCCAUUUAUGAUGAGCCAAUAGAAAAUGAUAAUGUCAUAAGUAUUGAAACUCAAGCUACACUAAAAGAAGAAAGAAUCAGCAAUAGUGUAAAGCAGCAAAAGGGACCCUUAAGUUAUAUACCUUUUGGAAUGUUAAGAAAUCUACUGAAGAAAUUGAAGAAUUAG